AAAUUGUACGUAAAGAGAAUCCGGCGAUAUCGUUGAACUUUGGACACGAUCGCGUAAACUGACACGUCCCCGAAAAGUUGCUGACAUUGCUUUGACAGGUACACAAGAAGAAGAUUUGUGUGCGGAAAAAACUAAACUCGGCAAUUUUGUUAUCAAAAGGAAAAUUUCUGUAGUGCAUGUAAUUUUCAAAAGGACCGAUUGCUAAUAUAUUGCUGCUAGUUGUAGUAGUCCUCCGUGUAUCGUAAUAUUUUGUAGGAGAUCCACGAAAACUACUUCUACACUCAGUCGCCGUCUCAGAAAGUUGAAGAAGAAGAAGAGCAAACAUUUCAGGUCGUAGCAGCAGGGCCCCGCAGAGAGUGCUUAGGUGUGGUUUUGUUUUGUCGAGCUAAGUGGUGCUCUAGUAGCGUGAAAUUCCUGUGCGUACGUAGCGAAUGGACGGUUUCUAGUGCCAACAGCCAAUAGCGUAGUAUUCCGAAGUAAAAUAUUGUCAAUUCGUGAGUGUGUAAAGCAAAGCUCUACAAACAAAAAAUGACCGGACGACUUCCAGCUUGUGUGAUCGAUGUAGGAACUGGCUAUACAAAACUCGGCUUCGCGGCGAACAAGGAACCACAAUUUAUCAUCCCUUCCGCUAUUGCGAUCAAAGAGUCGGCCAAGGUGGGCGAUCAGAGUGCUCGCCGCGUGACCAAGGGAGUGGAAGACCUGGACUUCUACAUCGGCGAUGAAGCGUUCGAUGCGACCGGAUACUCGGUGAAGUACCCGGUACGCCAUGGGCUGGUCGAAGACUGGGACCUGAUGGAGCGGUUUCUGGAGCAAUGCAUUUUCAAGUACCUUCGUGCGGAACCGGAAGAUCACCACUUUCUGCUAACAGAGCCGCCACUGAACACGCCCGAAAAUCGUGAAUACACUGCUGAAAUCAUGUUCGAAACGUUCAACGUCCCGGGGCUGUACAUUGCGGUGCAAGCCGUACUAGCGCUAGCUGCUAGCUGGGCAUCCCGCCCGGUCGAGGAGCGUACGCUAACCGGCAUUGUGGUGGACAGCGGUGACGGUGUAACGCACGUUAUCCCGGUGGCGGAAGGAUACGUGAUCGGAUCCUGCAUUAAGCACAUUCCUAUUGCCGGUCGCAACAUUACCUCGUUCAUUCAGAGCUUGCUGCGUGAGCGUGAGGUCGGCAUUCCCCCCGAGCAGAGCCUGGAGACGGCCAAAGCUAUCAAGGAGCGGUACAGCUACAUCUGUCCGGACAUUGCGAAAGAGUUUGCAAAGUAUGACGCCGAGCCGACGAAGUGGAUGCGCCAUUACGAGGGCAUCAAUGCGAUUACGAAGCAACCGUUCGGUGUGGACGUUGGGUAUGAGCGCUUUCUGGGGCCUGAAAUUUUCUUCCAUCCCGAAUUUUCGAACCCCGACUUUACGACCCCGCUGUCGGAGAUUGUCGACACGGUCAUACAGAACUGUCCGAUCGAUGUGCGAAGACCGCUGUACAACAAUAUUGUGCUGAGCGGUGGAUCUACCAUGUUCCGUGAUUUUGGACGUCGGCUGCAGCGCGAUAUUAAGCGGAGCGUUGAUGCGCGGUUGAGGAUUAGUGAAAAUCUUAGCGAAGGAAGAAUUAAGCCAAAACCAAUUGAUGUGUCGGUGAUAUCCCAUCAUAUGCAGCGAUAUGCCGUUUGGUUCGGGGGCAGUAUGUUAGCUUCUACGCCUGAAUUUUAUCAAGUGUGUCACACGAAAGCUGCCUACGAAGAGUAUGGGCCCGGUAUAUGCCGCCACAAUCCUGUGUUUGGAACCAUGACAUAAGGGAAAUAUAGUACGUGACCACAUUUGGCUUACCGAUCCAUACAUAACGCCAGUCAAACACACACACACACACACAGUAGUGUAGUUGAAUGAAAUGGUCGAUCAUGGGCAAACUGAACACACCCGAAACGGGAAAAAGGGCUUUAAGCCCCUUUUUCGGCUAAAACAUUACUAUUUACCAAAAGUAAUCCUGGUACGUUAGUUUGCUUCGUGUGCAAACUGGUGAAUUAAGGAGUAAGUCCGCCGCAAAUUGCAUUUUAAAACAUUUAUUAUUGUAUACUUUUUUGUGCUGUUUUGUUUACAUGCUUGUUGUAAUGCAAGCAAUGUUAUUUCACGAAAACGAUAAUACGAUAACUUUCAUUUCCUAAUCAAAAACAUUGUGUCGAGCAAUCGACGGUUCGAGCACGUACCCCCGUGGUAGCAUUUGCAAUAGAAUAUAAAUAAGAACUUUCUUUUUAAAAUUUCCCCUCCUUAAGUUAGUGGCUCCGUUGGCUACCAAUGUAAGAUAUUGUUGAACGAUACCAGUACACUCCCUUUCUCGGAAAUAAUUAAACAAAUUUUCUAAAUGAAAUUCAUCGGUAGACAAAUAAAGCAAUAGCGUGUACGAACCAGCUCUUCUAGUAUUGUUGCAUUGAAGAUAAAAAAAGGCCCCAUUUAAUACCUUCCAUUCGGAAUAGACAGUAUUGUACGCUUAACGCAUCGAGCUCUUCACUUCAUUUGGUUUCUGGCGGUAUCGUUGGUCCGUUUUUUCCGUUCUGGUAAAAUUAGUGGAAUUAUUGUUUCGCAAAAUGUAUUUCCAGAGUGCACGUAAUUCGAUAAUAAAGUUACGUUAAGAACCUCGA